AUGGACGUAAUUGGCAUCUCGUCCUCCUCCUUACCCGUCCCCUCCUCCUCCCUACCUGUCGGCACUGGCAACUCCUCCUCGUUACCCAUUGCCACUGGCACCUCCUCCUCCUUCCACAUAGAACUUCUUUGCUGGUAUACCAGUGACAUGAUCGAGGAGUGUGCGAUGCGGAGGAGGGAUGGGUCUUGUUCCUUGGGGGCUAGCAUCAAUAAGGAUGUAACCUUUCUUUUUUUUGAUGACUACGAUCGUCUUCUUGAGUUGUCGCAGUGUUUGAAUGGUUUGGAUCGCCCAAACAUUCCCAAAGUACACGCUGUGCUUGAUCAGGAGGAGUUGACACUCGUGGUGGAUCGGGUCCCCCGCGUUCCGGUGAAAAAAUGGCUCGAGCACGAAACUAGAAGGUGGGCUAUGUGGACCGUAGUUUCGGAAGGAGACGAAUACCAGUAUCUGGAACUUGAAGAAAAACAUCACCAACUUUUUAGGUGCAUUGCUAGGACAUUGGGCUAUCUUCACACAAAAGGAAUAUGUCAUGGAAAUCUGCAGGAGGGUGUUUGGGUGACGGAGCCGACAGAGAACAAUGUUCGAGUCUUGCUUACAAAUUUUAAUAGGAGUAUUGAAUUUCCGAUUGGUUUCAAGCAAGAUUUGGACGACUUGAAGGGCCUUGUGGAGUAUGCUGUCCAGAAACACUCCAAACAAAUCAGAUUCAACAAGAAGUUACCAAAGGAACCUCCUGCUCUCCAGGCAUUUUAUAACCUCUACACUGAAAUGAAAAAACUCGAAGAUGACCUCGAAGCAAUGAGGGAAUUUGCAAUGUUUAUCUACUGGGCUCCAAUCUUCCACGACUGGAGAGAUAGGCGAGAUUUUGUCAAGUUAAUUGAAAAGUUUUCACUCCAGAGUUUCAACAAGUUUGAGCAGCUGUUGAUUUUUGAUUCUAAGGCGGAUUCAAACGCAAAAGUUCCUGGGAAAGUGUUCAGUUAUGCCAUUCCAGAACUAAGAGGCUGGAUGACGAAAAUAGAACAACCGGGAGUAAAAUCUGAACUUGUGAGAUUGUACAAUGAUGGGAGUCGUGGUCGGGCAUACCAGGAUUCUGGGGGAAUCUACUGGUUGCACCGAUGUGGGCUUUAUUACUAUCGAAGUGAAGGGUCUAGGGAUUCUGAACAAGCAGCAAUGGAGGACCUACUUUCAGCGUUCCCUAAUGCAAUACCGAUGAUAAUGAAGGCUCUCAUUCGUAUAUUUGGUGGUGGAAAAGUCAAGAAUUUCAGGAAAAAUCUGGAGUUCUAUUUAGAAAAAGGCUUGUAAAAAUCACUUGGAGGCAUUCGCUCAAGCAGCAGAUUAUAGUCCUCGCAACCUCAUCUGGAUGGGGAAUUGAAGGUUUUAGUUACUCUUGGAUAUCGAGGGCAUCUGACGAUGUGGACGAUAGUGCAUUUGCAGGUGGUAAUACCUUCGGUAUUCCUUAUUAUUGUCGUUUUCUUUAUCUCUUUCUGUUCUUGUUUGAAAUGCUAGAGUUACUGUUGGAUAAAUGCACUGCUAAGUGGGUAUAAGGUACGGUUGACCUUUGUGAUCCGGUUCAAAGUAGCCAGAAGUCAGCUAUGGCCUAUAGGUUAAGACAGUUGUAGUCCACACUGAAUAGUAAUGAAUUACCUUCUUUUUAUGAGUUUUCAAGGCAUCAAGGCUCUUGUUACAGAAAAGGAAGUGCUUCCGCGAAUCUUAAAUUUGUAAAGAAGAAAAUUUUGCGAUUAGAUUC